AUGGCGCAACCGGACGACGCAGAGAUCGAAAAGGUGCUCCAGCGCAUCGUACGAAGACGCGCCGCCAAAGGCGAGGAAGUCACCGUCAAGCGCGUUCGCGCACAGGCGGAAACAGCUUUAGAUCUGGAUGAUGGCUUUUUCAAGGACGAUCCGAAGUGGAACAAGAAGAGCAGGGAGGUCAUUAGUGCUGCCUACGAGGAGGAUGAGGAUGGGGCGAACGCAGAGGCACCGAAGAGUGCACCCAAGCCGGCGGAUUCCAAAGCUGCGAAGGCUUCGAAGGUGAAGACGGCGGAGAAGCCUAAGACCAAGGAUCAAGAGGGAGGGAAGAAGGAGAAUGGGGCUGCGAAAGCUCCGGCUCCAGCGGUAAGAAGGUCUAGCAGCAGCAAGCAGAGCGAGGAGGAGAAAGGGCCUGUGAAAGCUGCACCAGCAGCGUUGAAGAAACCGAACGGUAUACCGGGACAGGUCAAUGGCGUGAAGCGAAAGGCCUCAGAGCAGAGCUCAUCCGAGGAGAGCAGUGAGAGCGACGAGGAGAGCGACGAGGCUGCCGCGCCGCCAGGGAAGAAAGCAAAGACGGAAUCAUCAAGCAGCUCCAGUGAGACCUCAUCUGAGAGCUUAGAGGACGAUGAACCGAAGCCGCCAACUACACAAGACGACUCACGACCACCGCCUGCGCAGACGAUCAAAAGCACCAACAUCCAAGCCAUUCCAGCCCAACCCUUCCAACCACCACACGGCUUCACCCCCAUCUCCUCCCAGCAGCUCAGCUCCAGCUCACAACAACCCCUCACACCUUCAAAUCUGCAGGGCAAACAAAUCUGGCACAUAACGGCCCCCUCCGCCCUCCCCCUCACCACCCUCACAUCUAUCCCGCUGUCCGCCCUCGACACGAGCCAUGUCGUCUUGAACCACGACGGCUCCGAAUUCAUCCUCUCGUUGGACCCCCACCCCACCUCCGCAGCCUCCUCCCUCCUGCUCCCGACAGCAGAAGGCUAUACCCGCCACCCCACCCCCAUAACCCGCACCCUGCACCUCAAGCAGAAAAUCUCCCUCCCCAACCUCUCCGCGCGGCAAGCGAGUCAGGCGACCGGAAGUGGAGCAGCGGGCAGCGUGGCGCAGCCGCCGGUCAGCGGUGCGCGGCCGCAGCCGAGGGGGUUGCGGAUGCGGUAUCGGCCGCCUGGGUUCGGGGUGGGGGAGUUGGGGGCCGUGGGGUCGGGGUCGGAGAGUGCGGGUGAGGAGGAGGAGGAGGAAGGGGAGACGGGGUUGCAGUUCCCGAAGGCUCUUGGGGGACAUGGGCCGCGGGGAAGGGAUGGGGUGGGAAUGGAUGGGGAUGUGGUGGAGCGGGGGAAUAAAAGGCGGAGGAAGGAGAAGGUGAAGCCGAAGACCGAUGGUGCGAGGGAGGAACUUCGCUCGAGUGUGAUGGCUGCGCCAGGGGUGGAAGCACCGGCUGUCCAGACUCCUGGAGUCGAGACUCCGGCGGUCAAUGGUGUGUCACCAGAUGCAUCGACGGCUGAGGACAAGGCGAAGCGGAAAGAAGAGAAGCGGUUGAAGCGAGAGCGUAAGGAGGCGAAGCGGAAAGCGAAGGAAGUGGCGGGGUUGUAG